UCAACGUUUUUCUAACCCAGAACGGAAGCGAGAAAAUCACACGCCCGGAUUGCCUCCCCAAGCCACCACCACAAACGCUCGCCGGCUUCCCCACACUCGAUAGUCGAUACUGCAUUUCCGUCGAGCGCGAUGGCCGCCCUUCUCCUCUCCCCCCGCCUCCCCACCAGCACGGCCGUCGCAGCUCCCCGCCCCACACCGCGCUUCCUCUCCUUCUCCCUCACAACCGCCAAGGCUUGCCGCCGCGGGGGCUGCAUCCUCGCCUCCUCCGCGACGUCGCCCUCCCCGGCCGCGGCCCAAUCAUUCCGUUCCCUGCCCCCCUCCGAUACCACCGUCCUCGUCACCGGCUCCACGGGCUACAUCGGCCGCUUCGUCGUCCGCGAGCUGCUCUAUCGCGGUCACCGCGUCAUCGCCGUCGCCCGCCCCCGCAGCGGCAUCCACGGCAAAAACUCCCCUGAGGAGGUUGUCUCCGACCUCGCCCCCGCCCGCGUAGUCUUCUCCGAUGUCACCGACCCGGGCGCCCUCCUCGCGGGCCUAUCGGAGUACGGUCCCGUACACGCCGCGGUCUGCUGCCUCGCCAGCCGCGGCGGCGGGGUGCAGGAUUCGUGGCGCGUCGACUACCGCGCCACGCUCCACACCCUCCAGGCCGCGCGCAGCCUCGGCGCCGCCCACUUCGUCCUCCUCUCCGCGGUCUGCGUCCAGAAGCCGCUCCUCGAGUUCCAGCGCGCCAAGCUCAAGUUCGAGGACGAGCUCGCCGCCGAGGCGGCGCGGGACCCGGCAUUCACCUACAGCAUCGUCCGCCCCACCGCCUUCUUCAAGAGCCUAGGCGGCCAGGUGGAAACCGUCAAGAAGGGCAAUCCCUACGUCAUGUUUGGCGACGGCAAGCUCUGCGCUUGCAAGCCUAUCAGCGAGGAGGAUCUCGCCUCCUUCAUCGCCGAUUGCAUCUUCGACGAGGAAAAGGCUAACAAGGUGCUUCCAAUUGGAGGGCCGGGGAAGGCCCUCACGCCGCUGGAGCAAGGGGAGAUGCUGUUCCGGCUGCUCGGGCGCGAACCCAAGUUCAUCAAGGUGCCCAUUCAAAUCAUGGAUGGUGUCAUCUGGGUGCUCGAUGGAUUGGCCAAGGUGUUCCCGGGGCUGGAGGAUGCCGCCGAGUUCGGCAAAAUUGGGAGGUACUAUGCGUCGGAGAGCAUGCUAGUGCUCGAUCCCGAAACCGGGGAGUACAGUGACGACAAGACGCCGAGCUAUGGCACAGACACGCUUGAGCACUUCUUCGACAAGGUAAUAAGGGAAGGAAUGGCGGGGCAGGAGCUGGGCGAGCAGACCAUCUUCUAGGCCUUCCGGCUUGGUGUUCUAAAGGGAAGGUGACUGGAUGGAAGGGGCAAGGUCUUUUAAGGCAGCUAGAGAAGUGUUGGUAAAGUCUGUUCUUCAUGCCACUCUAACAUUCAGCAUGAGCUGUUUUCACCUCACAAAGAAGAUGUGUCGGAACAGGUUUCGAUCUCGUCAAAGUUCUGGUGGGGUGCAGUUAACGGGGAGUGAAAGGUGUCGGAACUGGUUUCGAUCUCGUCAAAGUUCUGGUGGGGUGCAGUUAACGGGGGAAUGAAAGGUGCAUUGGAUAGCAUGGGACAACAUAUAAUUCUAAACGACGGGGAGGUAUGGGAUUUAGAGAUCCGGAGGCUUUCAACCAGGCUCUGCUUGCCAAGCGGGUAUGGAGAAUAUUGCAGGUGUGGUCUUCCUUGUGCAAGAGUUCUUAAAGCAAGAUACUUCAGCGAUGGCUUAAUCUUGAAUGCCAGUUGUCUGUCCGGCGAGUGGGUCGUGUACGUUCAGGAGUAUUAUUCAUGGCAGAGACCUACUACAUAUUCAUGGCAGAGACCUACUAGAGGCAGGUUCAGUAUAGCGUAUUAGAGCAUCUCUAGUAGAUCCCGUAUUUCGUCAA